UGAAUGAUAGCAAAAAUGAAAGACUUUUCCUCCGAGUGCUACAUUGGUUUCAAACUUUAAAGCAAAAUAGAUCAUUUCCAUUCACGCCAAGUCCAUCUAUCGAUCUUCAAUUGCAGUUGUAAACAAUCUUAUUUUGUUCGUAAUCGGUUUUGCCAAGAAAAGAGUGCGUAUGACAAACUAAAAGCCAGCCUACUGUAAGAUAUCCAAGAAGAAAAAAAUCUAAGACCACUUCUGUGAAGGCACUUCCGUGGGCGUCCUGAAGCAGGAAGUCAUCUAGGCUUCGUCUGGUAGACGAGUUUGGUGCUCGGAUGUGAAUAGGUAACCGUUUCGAGACGGUGUAGGUGACCAGAGCUCAGGAGGAACGCAGCCGUUUGCAAACAAGGGAGGUGCCCUUGACGGAAACGUAGAGAAAGAAAAGUGGAUUAGCAGAAAAUCGGAACGCCAUUGGUAUUCCCUGUUUUUUUUCUGGAGGCCAGUGUGUGAAGUUUUUUUGUUAAGGAAAACAGUGCCUGUACAGUGUGGAAAACUACGAUUAGAGUGCUAAGCUGUGCUAAUAGCACCCAGAAGGAGGCCAAUUUUCUUCCCAAGGAAAAAAAUCAACCUGAACAAAACGAUGACGCAGUUUUUGUUUUGAUCAAUAUCAUCUUUUUCGCUGCCUUUUUCUUAGGAACAACAGAGAAAAAAUAUGAAUGUUGGGUGCACAGUAAGAGAGAUCGCAACUGAACAUGUCCGCCGAUUCCCAGCGACGAUCAGCGUCCAGCACGGCUGCUGCUGCACGCUGUAUGCCAGCGAUCGUGCCCCCGCAGGCCGUUAGUGACCGAUCGAUCAUUGACAGUGUGGCCGGUUUCAUCAACGAUGUGACGCUGCAGACACAGACGCCCCAGGGGGAUAGCAAGGAUCACAUUCUCUGGGCACGUUUCGAGAAUGCCGCCGAUAUCAGCGAUCCCUGUCUCGGGGACGAUUGGGAGCUGGAAGGGGGUAUCGCACCACCGCUACUGCUGAUACUCGGUUACGUUACGGGAAUUCAGGUUUGGAUCAUACCAGCCAAUGGAGAAGCGAUUGAGGUGCUUUCGUGGCGUCAUGGCAGUGUCAAAUGUCUGCGGGUUCUACCGACUCCUUCCGCUGGGGAUGGCGAAUCUGCCGCUGAACCAAACGAUCAGUUUGCCCACAAACGACCGCUAAUUGCAUUGUGCGAUUCGGCAACGAGUGGGGUUAUUGGAAGUGGCGGCAGUCUAACGAGCGGCAGCCAAUCACAGUACUGCUCGAUAAAUUUCAUAUCACUUAAAGAUGGAGAAACUGUGAAAAGCAUCAAAUUUAAAAACCCUAUAGUGGAUAUCCUAGCAAAUCGAUCGUCUGUGGUGGUCACCUUUGCGGAACGGAUUGCAAUCUUCGAUGCACGCACACUGGAUGAUCGAUUGACCGUUACAACGUGCCAUCCGAGUCCUGGUCUGAAUCCAAACCCUGUUGCAUUGGGGCCACGCUGGAUCGCGUAUGCUGAGAAAAAGCUACUACCUUCAAAGCGAUCCAGUGGCGGUUGUGAUGGUGAUGGGGUUACCAGCUACACAGCAACAAUGUUGAAUGCUGCGAAGAGUUUAGGAAAAGGUUUGCGCGAGUUAGGGGAGCAGAUGGCAGCUGGAUUAACCGGUGGUAGCCACUCGGGCCCUAGUUCUAUUAGUGGACUAGCUGGCACGUCUGGUACAGGAGUGACAAGCGAAUGCAAUCAGCCAGGAAUUGUAACGAUACUUGACAUCAAGUACCCGAUCAAAGACCUGAGCCCAACUACAGGAACUCCUAUUUCGAGCACCGGUAAUGAUCCAAUCAUUGCCCAUUUUGUGGCACACUCGGAGGCAAUAGUAGCGAUGCAAUUUGACGCGUCCGGAAUGCUUCUACUGACGGCUGAUAAGCGUGGUCAUGAUUUCCACAUCUUUCGAAUCCAUCCACACCCGAGUGGACCUUCGCUGGCCGCGGUUCAUCAUCUUUAUAUUCUCCACCGCGGAGAUACCACCGCAAAGGUACAGGACAUUGUAUUCUCCCUGGACUCGCGAUGGGUGGCGAUUUCGACGUUGCGAGGAACCUCACACGUUUUUCCGGUCACUCCCUAUGGAGGGCCAGCAGGAGUUCGCACACAUGGAUCACCACAUGUUGUAAAUAGAUUAUCAAGAUUUCACCGAUCGGCCGGAUUGUCAAUCGAAGGAAGAUCCAGCAGCCCCGUUUCACAUUUGGAACAUCCAGCUUCUCACACACCGACGUCCGCCUAUGCUAACCCCCGGAUUCCACCGUUCCCACAUCCAACAGUGGUUCAACCACUCGCACAACUUCGUCAGCCAUCGAGUCUAAGUACCCAGGCCGGUGGCAGUACGAGCACCAAAAGUUCCACAGCUAGCGGCCGACAGCGGAAUUCAUCAUCUUCUUCUUCAGAUGAUCUCGUUAAACCUUUGCGAGUUUGUGCUACUUUUGCUAAAGCCCGAUCCUGGCUGUUGGAUCCUCCUGGGACAGUGAGAGACACUCCAGCCCAUCGCAUUCAACGGAAACCGAUGGAUUCGCUGUUCAUCAUUGCGGCCCACGGGGCGCUGAUUCAAUACGAUCUGGAUCCAAAACAUGCGACCAAUAUUCCCAAAGAGAAAGUCUGUGACGACACUCCUAUCGAGUUGGAGGUGGAAGCGAAGGCACAAUGGACGCUGCAGCGUCAAGAGACGAACUGUAGUAGCGAUAUUCAGCCACCACUUCCACUGGAUAACUGGCUUAUUAAGGACCGCUUCCUAGAGGAGGUCAGGGGUGAUGUAGUAAAUGACUACGGGAGUAUUGACCAACACCGUGAUCUUCGGGGUAGUUCAAGCAGCAUUGAUCACGAUGAUCGAUGGUUAUCUCAAGUGGAAAUCAUCACGCAUGCUGGGCCACACCGCCGGCUUUGGAUGGGUCCCCAGUUCAUGUUUAAGACGUACAAUACACCUAGUGGAUCACCUCUCACCUCGAUCGAUACUGAAUCGGUUGAAAUCGGUGCCGGCAGCACGGUAAACCGACCGGCUCGUUCCAACCCGAUGAAUAUGCCCAUUUCUGGAGGUAUGAGGCCAUUGGUACCCGUACUCAUUGAAUCUGGAUCAUGUAGUAGCUACGAGCAGAGCCCGCGGAUGAUAAACAUGACGGAACUUCGCCAUCAUGAGAAUCUGGACACUGAGUUCUCUUCUCUGGGACCGGUGGAGUCCCAACUGCGGGAAGAUCUCGCCGAUGCCAUGCGUGAAUCGCCACUGAUCUCCGGACGGGAUACGGCAGGCUACGCGAGCGCCACACCCAUCCCGGCCGGGUUGUCUUCGGUAUCCUCUUGCUCCUCCACCUCAAUCUACUCGUCGACGCACUCGUUGAACUCGAUAUGUGAUCAUAAGCUGCCCCCGUCGACCACUAGCCACGCGUUGCUGCAACCGCAACAAGGACUUCCGGUCAAACAUCAUCCGCAUUAUCACUUGCAGCAAGAGCACCAACACUCGUCCUCUCUUCCGGCGAGCAGCUCACGACCGGCUUCGGCAGCCAGCAGUCGAGCUUCGGGUUCCAUCGCAAAAGUCGUAAAUCCGUUAGGAACGGUAACUACUGUCUGUAAUAGCGAUGUGGAAGGGCAGGAAUCCGAAGCGGAAGCACGUGCAGCUCAUGAGUGUGACGUAUAUUUGCAUGAAAACUGUGACGAAGCGUUAUUUCGACCGGUGGUCACCGUACACGGAAUGCCAGGAAACGAACGGGAGUACCGUGGAUCCUCGCUGGAUCGAAAAAACUCGGCGUCUGCGCCCUCCGAAGAACCACCUUCUCUGAUAAGCCGCGAGCUCAUCGUGCCCGUGAUUGAAGAGAAAGACAUGGUGUACUUCAGCAGGACUAAGAAGAAGGAAGAAGAUAUUGUCGCGAAGUUCGAAGAACUAUCAACCAUCAACAAGAGAAGUAAGAAGAAUGAACGGAAUGUUGUCGAGGUCAGCUCGAAACCUGUUAGCGAAAAGGUGGCAGAGGAUUUUGUAAAUAUAGAGGUAGUGGAGUGUAAGCAAGAGGAACCGAAAGCUACAGGCAGUAGAAAAAAGGAGAAAACACCUCCUGUUCGAAACGAUAAAAAGAAGAAACCCCAACCGGAAAUGAUAGAAGUCAUUGAACUAGAGGACCCGGGUGUACAACUUGAGUUACCGCCAGUAGAGAAACCUUCACGUAACAAAAAGAAAGAGAACGGCAAGAAAAAAGAUGAACCUAGACAACAACAUGCUGGAACAUAUUUGGAGAAACAGCAGAAAGUCAAACCGUCACCUGCGGAGAUGAAACCGAAGACCAAUGCUGCCAGUAAAGCGGGGAAUAACAACAGGAAAGAAAACAAGCAAGACAAUCGAAAGCGGAAAGAUCAAACACCGCCUUUGGCAACACUUCUACUGGAGCCACAGCCCGAGCCAAUGCCGGAAGUACUUCCCUUGGCUCCGGCUCUGGCGGUACAAGACGAUCUGCUUAAAUCUAUUUGCGAUGAAUUCCCACCCCUGGAAGCGUUAAAAAUUGACGAUUUAGAACUGUUUGGCGAAGCUAAUGAACCAGAAAACUUGAAAUUAACCCGUAGCGAAAUUAGUAUUAAGGAAUCGAUGCUUUCUUCCAAUGGGGUUGGGAUCGGUAAACCGAAGGACCUUGAUGGUGGCAGUGAAUCGGAACCAUCUUGCGUAGAUGAGGCUAUAAGUGUUGACUUAACAGCGGAGUGUAUUACAGGAAAUAUAUGUGAAGAAGAGCAAAUACUGCCGAAGGAAGAGAAAUUUUACGAAUUGUCACGUUAUGAAACAGAGUUCUCUGAACCUUUACCCCCACUUGAACCGUUUAUAUGCAAGGAAUUCGAAGAUUUAGGAUUUAGCGAAAGCGGUAAGGUAAAGCUUCUUAAACAGCCGAGUGAGGAAAGGACUUUGAUUAAUUUCGAAAGUCCACUUCAGGAGGUGGCCAAAGCGCUGCCCACAAAGAGUAGCUCCAUUUUCGACGACAAGAACAUCGUAUUUGCAAUGUGCUCUAGCUUGCGGGAAGCAAAUCUAUCGGAAAUGGGGGAAUCCAGCACAUCUCAGCAGUUCGGAGGCAGUAGAAGUCUUUCUUCGUCUAUGAUGCAACCAGGUCCGGUUGUUUUGAAGCAACAACUGUCUGCGGAAGGGCAAGAUUCUGAUUACAAGAGUCUAGAGUUGGAUAUCGAUGACACCGCUAUGUUCCUUUCUAGGCUUCCCAUAUCGUCGACAUCGGAUGAAGAGACUUCCAACUCUAAUAAUGACGAACCAGAUGAUAAAGAAGUUUCCAAGCUUCCGCAAGCCGACGAUGAAGACGAUGAGCUGCAACCGUUGAUCUCUAGCAAUAAAACGUCGUCUUCGUCGCUGUCAAUUACCGUCAUCGGUACCGUCUCCGGAGGUGCUAGCAACAACGAUAGCCUACUCAACUCCAUGACCACUUCCGGCAUUGUGGCAACCGUCGGAAGUCCUGCCAAAACACCAACCACAAUGACAACAGCACUGCCAACGACAGACGCGAACCAAAGUGAGAACGGCGACAAGCAGACCACCGCCGCAGCGAACACAAAGCAGACGGGCACUGGCAACAAUGGUGGAAACAAUGGCAAUAACAAUGGCAACGGAAAAAAGAAGUCCAAGAAGAAGCGAAAAUAAUUAGCGGCGUGGCGAAUGAUGCUGCUAGCGACCACCGGUGGCGUGGUGGUGCUGAUUGCAGUAUCAUUGCUGAUUCUGCUCGUGCUAUCGUAUCUGCUGCUACUGCAGCUCUGCUACGCGCUAGUGUUAUAUUUAUUGUAUUAUUUUUAGGAAGUCUUUUAACCUUCUCCCCAUACCCGGGUUUCUUACGGCAACGAGCGUCUCUUGGUUGCGGUAACGCAACCGCGAAGGGACGUUCACGACAGUUUAGUUAUUAUUUUAGUAUAAAUAUUUUCAAACAGCCUUCCCCGCUUCUGACGUGGUAUUCUAUAACCUUCUUAGCGUAUUGUGAUUUUUUACAGAAAGGUAUUUAUCAUGUUCGCACAUACAAACAAAUACAUAUCUGACAAGCAUACGGUUGCACCGAACUUAAUCACUUGAUUGUUUGCUACUUUUAUCUGAUGCUAGAAGAAUGCUCCAUCUCCAUUUCUCCAAUGUUUGAGUGCUGUAGAAAGUAGUUUCAUACAAAGGUCCGCCAGGUGCGCUACAGAGAUUGAUUGAAUUGACAGCUCGUUACACCGAGAUUCAAAAUGGCUGACAAAGAUUUGGUUGUAGUUUCUAUUCUAUUCUAUUCUAACCCUUACACAUCCAGUAUUGAAAAGCAUCUUGGAAAACACUGCAGUUACUCUGUAGUGUUUUUCUUGUCAAUAUUAGUAUUUGAAGCAUAUGUUCAUAUGUCGCAAAUAUUUAAACGACCAGGCCUACUGUGCAGAUUUGGGUUUGAAGAUGUUUCAAAAUUAGACGACAGUUAACUUAUUCAUUCAAUAAAUAAAUCAAUUAACGAAUUGUUUUAAAACUUGAAUGAGAAAGAAACGAGGACAACCCUACCGACCGUUUCAAUUUAUAGGGGGUUAGGAUAAAACGUUGGGAGUGACUUUGCUAAGAAAAUUAAUGUCACUCCUUUGGGAUGGGACAGAGGUAUUUACACCUUGCCCUGGCUCAUUAAGCCUAGGUUAAAGCACCUUUACUCGAUCACGCAUGCAAACCUGUGUGCAAUGAUGAUUUUCACCGUAUUUUCAUUCAAAUGUUUACACAGGUUUUUUUUUGGAAAAGUUCGUUCUAGCUUAUGUCAUUCCUUUGUGAUUACAGUGAAUUAAGAAAUCAACACAACAAACGUUUAUUUACAAAACCUUUUCAAAAACUAAAGGGUGUCCCAUAUCAAAUUGCAUUAUGAAGAAAACACUGUACAAAAUUACCUAGUGGACCGAUUCUUUUGUUCAUACAACUUCAAUAUCAUAACCGCACGCGCGCACUUUACGCGUAAGUCUACUCAUUAGGUACUAUAAAACAUUUGGCUACAGCUUCUUCGGUACCGAAACCCACUUUGUCUUCCUCAGAUUUGACCUCCAUGGGAUGCUUCCGUAGUGCCUGCUUCAUAGUUGCCCAGCAUUUUUCGAUAUGCCUUAGUUCCGGUACGUUGGGAGGGGUUCAUGUUUUUGGGUACGAGAGACCCUGUUGGCUUCGUACCACUCCAGGACAACAUUUGAAUAGUGGCACGAAGCUAGAUCCGACCAGAAGAUUGUAAGAUCUCGUGUUGCUUCAACGGAGGAUCCAGAUCACUAAUAGAGUAACCAUUCUGACCGCAUGUCCCCUUCCGUUCAAUGCUCAGAGUUUGAUAGUAACGUUUAAACACACGACUCACCGUUGACAGCACGAUUCUGAGUUGUUUUCCGAUGUCUCGAUGAAAGAGGUGAGGAUUUUCCAGGUGCUUGCACAAAAUCAAUUCACGACGUUUCUUUUCGGAUGAUGACAUUUUUCAAUUAGGUUCUUUAAGGACACAAAUAACCUCACUUUUCUUGACAGUUCACUUGUACUGUUUACAUGGACUUAGAAAAAUUUGUGAACGACUAGAUUCGCUCGAAGCAAAUCGUAAAGAAUUUUUCUAAGUCCAUGUAAACAUUACAAGCGAACUGUCAAAAAUGAACACACAGUUCAUUUGUGACGUCAGCGUAAAGUAUUCAAUUUUCGAAAAACUGACAGUGAUAAAAAUAUAGUGUAAACAAUACACUCUAAACUACUUCUACCCAAAUUUUCUAAAAGAAAAUACCCUGUGAUGCAAUUCGACGUGGGACACCAUUUAAUACGGAAUUAUGUGAGAUUUUAUCACCGUCAUACGUGCAUGUGCUAUCUCGAGUGCUAUUUUCCGGUGUUUCAUUCCAUGUGUAGGGGUAGAUGGGGUAAGAAACCCGGCUGGCUAAGACGGGCCAUAGCACGUUUCAUAUGCAUUCUUCAAAUUUAUAGCCAAAACAAUCUACAUAAUGUAUUUUGGUUAUGUUUCCAUCGUUUCGAAGCAUACUGUAAAUUCAAAAUAAGUGACUUAUUUAUAUAUGCCAUAAAGCGACAAACGCGAUAAAACUUUGUUGCAUUCGAUUGAUUCAUAUAGCUACAACUAAUUUCGCAGUAUGUAAACAACAAAACAUCAAAAAAUUAAGCUCCAUCCAGAUAACUUUACGUGACGAUUCACUUCGAUUUUAUGGAGAGUUUCUUAUUGAAAACGUGAACUAAAUGCUUUUCACUCAAACUCGCAUUUCUACUUAUUUUGACGUAAUGGAGACGUAACAAUUUUUGAGCAAAAACCCGUUUUUUGGCGGCAGGUCCAACCGAAUGCUUCUCAGAUACAUUCAAUAACGAAGGAUUAUCAAAUUGUUCAUGUUAGUUUUUAAUUCGUGUUUUGAUUCAUGGAAACGAAAUUAUUUUUUUUUUCAGAAAACGAACCAUGUUUGUUGACAAAUUAUUAGUCAUGUUUUAAGUAUUUUUUUAUAUGAAAUCGUUCAAAUCGUGUAAACUUUUAAGGGCAUUGUUAAAACGGUACAUAACAUAGUAAUUAAAAAUCACAAAAAAAUCUAAUCGUUUGCCUUUUCUGAGUUUUCUCAAAAUAGGAAUUUAGUUUGUAGUUUCGUUUCGGUCGGUCAAUCGGUGGUCUAGAGUGAAUUUUGCUUGAACGGUUAAUAAUAAACACUACAACAUAGUAAUUCAAUUUAAAUCCUUAGAAAUUAGGAGCUCAAACUGACUGAAAGUAUAUCGGAAAAUAUAAAUUUAAUAGGAAAAAUACAGUGCUAUAUAUUUAAAGAAAAACAUCAACAAUAAUGACAAGAAAAUUCGUGUUAGUUUGAAUCUGGUAUUCCGUCAAGUACAUCUUAACUUAUUCAAACAACUCACCUACGUGUGAGCCACUCUACACUCAUUGCUGUUGUUAAUAUUUUGAUUGUACUACAAGUUGAAUAUUGAGGGAAUAGAAUCUAUUCGUACACUAGAAAAAAAAAGUUUCUUACUGAUACGUUCGGUUGGUUCCGACUGAAGAGACAAGAUAUACGAAGAAGUGACAUCUGAUGGAUGUUGACGAAUUGUUGCUUGAUUUGUUUUUUUUUUAUAUGGAACAUUGCAUGAUGGCGACAUCAAAAUCAAAAAUGACAAUUCGGUGAACUUGUUUACAGGGUGUUAAGCGAUUCCAAUUGAGUUCUUUGUUCUGGGUUGAAAUAAAAAAAAUCGAAGGCCACGUAAAACAAAGUAAAAGGAAAAAGAGACGGACAAUGAAAAUCAACUAAAGUACUAUUCACACGAAACAUCAGGCUUCCGUUGCCGAUAUGGCACGGGAACCUCAAUAUUUGUUACAUUAAUGGCGAUAUCGCUUGAACCUGAAACUGAGUCAGGUUCUAACCCCAACCGCUGUCAGUUCAUACAUUUUGACAGCAGUUGGGGUUAGGAACUGACUCAGUUUCGCCUCAAACAAAAACCACAUAAGUUAAAUGUACUUCCAUUCACUCACACGGCACGGAACGUUUUGACGUACCAAACGUGUGAAUGAGCAUAUGAGAAAUGCAUUCCACUUAUCUUGACGGCACGGUUUCGGAAGCUGAUGUAUCGUCUGAAUCGGGUUUAAAAUGGUAACACUCCAUAUAUUAAAAUUGCAACACUAGCAUGUUCUAUGCUAUAUUUCUCCUUGCUGGAAAAAAAAGUUGUAAAAACGUUUUUUUCCACUAAUUGAAGAGAAAAUUGUUUAAAACCACCUUUGCGCGUUAAGAGCACAAAACCUGUAACUAUAUUAGUUAUGAAAUUUGCGUUUCGACUUCGUCUCAUCAGAAUCCGACACUAACUUACUGACAGGACUAAGCUAGCGCCGGAUUGACGCUAGCUCCAAAAACGAAUAUACGAUUUAUGUUUAUGAGUAAACUCAUAGCGAGCUGCAGAGACUCCAUUUUGGAUUGAUUGAAUUCGUGUUUAGUUGUCAAAAAACGAAUCCAAUCGAACACUGCCUCCUUAUAACAUUGAUCGUGUUGCCAUACAAUACCGGGGGGCAUACGUUGCCAAAACAUUUUUUCUUUAACUCUUUCUAUAGUUUUUCUAGUUUUUGACAGUAGUUGCGGUUGACUCAGUUCCGCUUCAAGCAAAACGGCAUAAGCGAGGCGUCUGGUGUAAAGUGCUCAAACCGAACGUAAUUUUGCUUUACGAUUUUGAAGGCAAGGUAACAAUGGACACAAGAGUGUUAAUUAUGGACGAAAUAAAAAAUUCAACCACGCCAAGUUACACGUGCGAGCGUUCCAAGAGUAGAUGUCCAACUAUUUCCACGUCAAGGAGCGCCACAGCGAACACGAUAGCUUUUGUUGAAAUUGCUUGAAACAGGAAACUCAAAAUGUAGAAGAUGCCAACUUCUCCUUCAAACCGUCCACAUAAUUACAAAUUAAUGCUUUAGUUGGUGAAGGAAUUUAUAUUUCCUCCUUCAGGAAUUUAUAUUUCACUGUACACUUACGACAUCUGUUGGUGUAUUACUGAAACUUAAUGAAAUUUUCCCUUAACGACUGAGCUUUGGUUCUAUUUAAACAUGGACAAAGCUUAGCCGUUAUCGGUUGGUGCAUUUGUGCCGGAAUUAUGAUUGGAAUCAGUUAUCUCUAUAACUUCUAAAUUCUGUCAAAAUAUGCAUUAUUAGAUUCGAAACGCCUUUGAACACCUACAAUUGCCUUUUCAAAUUUAGGGAGUAACUAAUGCAUAACGUUCGUAAAUUUCGUGGAGUCCCAGUUACUAAAUUAUCUGGCAAAAGCCAGAUUUUUGUCAACCUUUGGUUUAGCAGCCCCACCAGUUUUCUGUGCGCAUCCUGUCGGGUUAGCUAAACUAGGACGAACUCGGGUUCACUCACGCUUUCUGGCAAAUUCUGACAGGAGCCGACCAAACUCCGACACAACUCUCAAAUCACAGGAAUCGAAUAGAAAUCCUAGCCGUACAUUUCAGGCUAUCAACAAGCCAGAAAAGGUUGAUCGAUUUGAGCGAAUUUUCUGCCAGAAUUCUCGCACAAAUCGUACAACAUGCUGGCAGAAAUUCUUCCUACAUCAAUUUGUUUAACCUCUGCUAACUUUCCGUCAGGACACGGUGACUGGGGUGUAUCUGUCAAAUUGAACAUACACGCUUAUCCUCAGCUACUCAUUGCAACUAAAACGCUUUUACUCACAAAUGAGUAAAAUUUGUUUGAAAGUUCAGUAUGAUCGAAGUAAGUCAUCUCCAUCCGACAUUGGUACUACAUCAUUCCGAAUAGCCUCACCUACUUUUACUUAUUUUUGACAUGGUACGGUUUUUUCACAAAUGAGUAGAUUUGACGCGUUUCUGACAAAAACCGUACCUUGUCAAAAAUGAGUAAAAGUAGGUGAGAGUAGUCAGAAUGAUGUAGUACCGAUGUCGGAUGGAGAUGACCUACUUCGAUCAGACAUCAUAUUGAACUAUCAAACAAAUUUUCCUCAUUUUUGAGUAAAAGCGUUUUAGUUGCAAUGAGUAGCUGAGGAUAAGCGUGUAGCAAACAAAUGGCAGUAGUGCGCCACGUCAUGUGCAACUUAUUUUGAUUUGAAACUCUAGUUUUUUAAUAUGUUGUUUAAAAGGCUAGAUCAUUUGAAACUUGGACACUACCACAUAGAUUCUAAGGAAUAAAAUGAAGAGUUCACUUUAUGAAAAUAACUGAAUAUGGGUUCAUCACUCAUCGUAAUUAAAAAAAAAUCUCGCGCGUUUCGAUCGAUUUAGCUCACGAGCCGACAGACGUCUUUUUCAGAUGCCGACUCGGCUAGCCGAAGAUUCCACCAACUAGACAUCCGAGUAAUGUCGCUGCUGACGGUUCCGUCCAUCUUCAUUUUCCGCUUCACUAUCGUCGAACACUUCUCUAUUAGACGAAACAGGGGAAAAUUUGAGGAUGAACUAGGUUUCAUGCCACAGGAACAGAUUCCUUGCCAAAUCAUCAAAAUCUUUUGCAAAUUUAUCCACGAAAGCAAACUUUUAUCUGCCAGAAACCUUUCCGCAAGCAGAAUUUGAGUCACAGGUUUUGUUUGCAAUCAGCUUUUGGGUAGGUUUCAUCGUGAAUCAAGACGUAUCCAUCGGGUUACGUCGGCGCUGGGCCCGGAUCUGGUCGCUCUUGUUUAACACUUUGGUCGUGUCGUUUAUUCGCUCGGCAACAUUUGUAGUCUUCUCAGAGACAGAUUGGCCGCGUAGUACAUCUAUUAGCGUUCAGUGUGUUCACUAAACCACAAUUUGAGAUUUUGGAAUCAUGUUUGGUUGCGUUCCUACGCUUGGUUUAAAUUUUAUGGGUAGUUCUGGAGGACAAUUAUGUACAUAGCGGUAUAAAAUAGUAGCUUGAUAACUUUUUGAGAAGCGGCUACAUUUUAGUGCGAAGUUUUCUACAUAUAUAGACUUAUCCAGCUACGUUUCCAUUAACCUUCCGGCAGUCGCGCUAGUGCACUGAGCGCACGCUGCUCUGAAAAUCUAGCGAAAUCGUCUUAGAGCAGCUGCGGCUGCUCGUUCAGUAAGCCAUUUGCGCGACUUCCGGAGAGUUAAGCCGUUUUUCACGUUUGAAUUUGGAGGAAAGUACAUCGUUUACACAGCGAAUUUUGAAGAAAACAAACCACUUCUGGGCUUAAUCGGAGAGCAGUAGUAUGACAAUUCAAGAUCCCGGUGUGCGUAUUUUAAACCUCAGAUAGGGACCAUUCAUAAAUUACGUAACGCUUUUAGGGGGAGGUGGUCCGACAAUUUGUGAUAUGUUGUUACAUAUGGGUGAGGGGUAGUAAGCUAGAACGUUGCGUAACAUGUUUUUACUGAAGAAACACAUUUUUUUCACUAAAUUUGUUACGUAAUAGGGGAGGGGGAUAGAGAAGUUUGUGGGAAAUUUUUGCGUUACAUAAUUUAUGAAUGGUCCCAUAUCAAUAGGAAGUUUUUCGAAACCUCGAACCUUUCACAAUCGACGUAAUCGUUUACCUCUCCAUCGGAAUCGUCUCAGAAAAGUGCAUUUCACUUUACUCUGGAACCACUUUCGGCCAAAUAAGAGAGUCUAUGCAUAUUUGGAUAUUUUGGAAUCAGUUACAAAAAUUAGUCUCGCAUUUUUUGGUAUUCUAAUACAUAUUAAACAAGUAUUUUUUUCGUUCCGUUAUAAAGCACCUGCUUUGAUGUUCACAUUAUAUUUGAACUAUUAGGUUUGGUCCAGAGCCAGAAUGGAUGUACUCAGGAGUCAGCCGAAACACAUCGCUUUUGUAUUCCUAUUUACUCUUUUUUCGUCUGCUGGUAGCUAACCGAAUUAGAAAGCAACUGGAAGAAAGAAGCGUGUACUGGAAAAAAACCUAAUGUUUAAACUUUCGAGACACCAUUGACUGCAAAUUUUAGAAUUUACUACUAAUUAAGCACCUCUUGAAGCGCCUGAUAUGUUCAAUUCCUACACCAUCCACAUUCACUAAAAUCCAUAGUUUUUUUGAAAAUGUUUCACCUGUUGUUUGAGUUAAGUCAUUUGUUGACUCCAUUAUGGAUGAACAAAACGUAUAGAAGUUUAGUUUGGCUAGCGAUAACGGUUCAUAAAAGCUUUGUAAUUGGAGCAUCCAUUUUAAACUUUGAUGUUUGGUGGAAUCGUCUCUCAAUUCAAGCGCUUAAACGACAUGGCAAAAAUUAUAUUUAGGUACAUGUCAACGCCAGAAGCGAUUACUGAAUAGAUUCUAAUAAGCAGAAAAUGGUAGCAUAAAUCCUCACUAAGGAACGUACAAUUAGUUAGUCACUUAUCAACUCCUAGUUCGUCGCUGGAGAGGUUUCCUGGGACAGAAUAAUGAUACACCAUAGAAAAUUGCAUGAUAACGCCAAAAAAUAAGACAUUGACAGCUCAGUGAGCUUUUUUACAGGGUGUUUGCAAUUAAAAAUGUUUGGAACCCAAUUUUUCCUACUGUGGUAAAUAUAUCAUAGAAUCAUAGAUUUUUGAAGUCCAUGUAAACAAGCUCUCUGAACUGUCAAAAACUGCAUUGAACAGUUUCAUGCAAUGUUCUAUAGAAGUUGUAUUGUGAAGAACGCCUUAAUAAGACCAUACCAUGGUGUUAUUAUGCAAAUAACUGGACCAUAAUGCAGGCGGUGUUACCCUACCGAUCCUCCAUGGAUGGCUGCUGUUCGGAUCACUACUAUUGGGGGCAUUUCGGGUGCAUGGUGAGUCCCGGGUAGACGACGUUCCGCUAGGUGUUCAACAUUUAAACUUUUGCUCUGCCCAAUAUUUUCAAUUCCGCACUGGACACGAUACAGCCAGCUAAUGCAAAGCAUGUUACGAGUUUCGAAUAAAAUAGACUAAACAUUGUUGCACCCUAACAAAAACUCUGACCAGACACACCGAAGCGUGUGUUUAACAUAUGAAGCGCGAAAUAGAAAACAAAACAAGAUCAAUAAAACACAAACUGCUUACACGUUCUGAUACAAAUAACGAUAGAGAGGGAACAGAAAGGCAACAUAAACAUACGUAUGUGAGAACAAAAAAAAGCUAAAAAAUGAACAAAGCAAAAUAAAAAGAAAUGUGAUUGUUUGUAUAUUUAUCGAUGAAAGGAGAAAUACUAAAAGAAAGUAGUACGAUUAAGGUUAAAUUAAUUUAUAUUAAUAUAAGUGAAACGAUGAAAAAAUGAGAAAAAAAAACUCAAAAAAGAUACUGCUAAAAGAACACAAAAAAUGAGAAUAAAAACCGGAAAAGCAGAAAAUCCAAAA